AUGGCACAUACAGGUGGAGAUUCAUUUGUCAAGGACUCAGUGAUUACUGAUGAUGAUGAACCAAUCAUGGUUGGUGAUGAACGACGAGUUAUGGUUGGUGAUGAACGACGAGUUAUGGUUGGUGAUGAACGACGAGUUAUGGUUGGUGAUGAUCGACGAGUUAUGGUUGAUAAUAAUGACCCAACAAUCAUUCGAAGCAAGAAUAAAGUACUUAUUCCUGUAAACAAUGAGCCUGUUCUUGUUGAAACAGGAGUUCAUGGAACAAUCAUUACAGUGAAUCGAUUCAAGCAUUAUGCUUUUCUUAAACGUAAUGAUAAAAAUCAGUACAAAGACAUAUUUGCUCGAGAAGCAUCGAUUAUUAACCAAUCUUCUCAAAGAAAGUUUUUCGUAUCGGAUAAAUGUAAAUUCGAUGUAAUAAAAACAAUUAAAGGUCUUGAAGCUGUUAAUAUCCAAAUAACAGAGAGAAAUAUCAAGAGUAUUUCUCAAUUGCCAAAAAUUCCUAAAAAAAAAGGAAAAUAA